UGGGGUAUUUGAGAGAACCUCCCUCACAGCUGAUUGCCCGUUGCUACGCUGUGUGUGUCUCAUAUAGGACAGGAAGCCAGUGGCAGCAGCUGUAGUGUGGAGCUGGCUCUGAGUCUGGAUGUUAGCACUGUCUCUCUCCUCCGUGGGACGAAGCCUGACUGGCAUCAACAUCGUGGGGCCAAGUAAUGCUGAGACCGCCCCUCCUGCCAACCCAGGGAUGUACCAACUGGACAUCACUCUAAAGAGGGGACACAACCUUGCCAUCAGGGACAGAGGAGGGACAAGUGAUCCGUAUGUGAAGUUUAAGAUUGCGGGGAAGGAGGUGUUCAGGAGCAAGACCAUCAAUAAGAACCUGAACCCGUUGUGGGACGAGAGGGUCAGCCUACUAGUGGACAGCCUCCGAGAACCUCUUUAUGUCAAGGUGUUUGACUAUGACUUUGGCCUUCAGGAUGACUUCAUGGGUUCUGCCUACCUCUACCUGGAGUCUCUGGAACACCAGAGGACCCUGGACGUGACUCUUGACCUCGAGGAUCCCCAGUACCCCGAACAUAACCUGGGAACUCUAGAGCUGGCAGUCACACUGUCGCCCAAAGAGGGAGACUUCAGAGAAGCCACCAUGCUUUUGAAAAGAAGCUGCAAACGAUCCAGUAAGCAGCAGCAUUCGAGUAUGCGGUUGUCAGAUGUCCACAGGAAAGCUCAGCUGUGGAGAGGUAUAGUGAGCAUCAGUCUGAUCGAGGCUCGUGACCUCCAGCCUAUGGACGCCAACGGCUUCAGUGACCCCUACGUCAAGUUCAGACUGGGCCAUCAGAAAUACAAGAGCAAGACGAUACCCAAGACUCUGAACCCCCAGUGGAGAGAGCAGUUUGACUUCCAUCUUUAUGAGGAGCAGGGGGGCUUCAUCGACAUCACCGUCUGGGACAAAGACGCAGGCAAGAAGGACGACUUUAUGGGCAGGUGUUCGAUAGACCUGUCACCGCUCAGUAAAGAGCACACUCAUAAGUUGGACCUGCCGCUGGAGGAGGGCGAGGGCAUGCUGGUGCUGCUGGUCACACUCACGGGGGCAGCAGCAGUGUCCAUCUCGGACCUGUCGGUCAAUAUCCUGGACGACCCACACGAGAGACACCUGAUACUACAGCGAUAUAGUGUGCUGAGGUCGUUCCACAACCUGAAGGACGUGGGAGUGGUCCAGGUUAAGGUCAUCAGAUCAGAGGGGCUGAUGGCAGCAGACGUCACAGGGAAGAGUGACCCCUUCUGUGUGGUGGAACUGAGUAACGAUCGGCUACAGACACACACGGUCUACAAGAACCUCAACCCCGAGUGGAACAAGGUCUUCACCUUUAAUGUGAAGGACAUCCACUCGGUGUUGGAGGUGACAGUGUACGACGAGGACCGAGACAGAAGUGCAGACUUCCUGGGUAAAGUGGCCAUCCCUUUACUAAACAUUGAAAAUGGUGAACGAAAAGCCUACGCUUUGAAAAGCAAGGAGCUGACAGGGCCAACAAAAGGGGUCAUCUUUCUGGAAAUAGACGUGAUUUUUAACGCUGUAAAGGCAGGUCUCAUGACGUUGAUACCCAAAGAGCAGAAAUACAUAGAGGAUGAGCCCAGAGUGUCGAAACAGUUGCUUCUGCAGAACUUCAACAGAGUGAGACGGUGCGUCCUGUUCCUCAUCAACGCCGGCUGCUACAUCAACAGCUGCUUCGAAUGGGACUCAACUCAGAGGAGCAUCUGUUCCUUCCUGGUCUUUGUUCUGGUGGUGUGGAACUUUGAACUCUACAUGAUUCCUCUGGUUCUGUUGCUGCCGCUGGCCUGGAACUAUAUCCUCAUCUCUUCGGGGAAGGACACCAGGCAAGAUGUGCAAGCGAUGGAGGACUUGCUGGAGGAUGAGGAUGAGGACUAUGACAAAGAUGACAAGGUGCCUAGACCUGGCCCUUCGGAGGACGGGCGACUGCCUGAAAGCCAUAUCCUCGAGGAUAUGUUGGCUUCCUGGCACUUUGAGUGGAUACGGGUGAUGUUGGACCCGGAGAGAAAGGGCUUCAUCAACAAGCUGUAUGCCAUCCAGGAUGUGUGCAUCAGUGUGCAAAAUGCCCUGGAUGAAGUGGCAUCCUAUGGCGAAAGGAUAAAGAACACCUUUAACUGGACAGUGCCUUUCCUAAGCUGGCUGGCCAUCGUAGCUCUAUGUGUGGCAACUGUUCUCAUCUACUAUAUCCCCCUACGGUACAUCGUCCUGGCCUGGGGGGUGAAUAAAUUCAGCAAGAAGCUCCGUGACCCGUAUACCAUUGACAACAACGAGCUCUUGGACUUCCUGUCCAGAGUCCCCUCAGAUGUUCAAGUGGUGCAGUACCGAGAGCUGAAAGUGGAUCCCAGUCAUAGUCCAAAUCAAAGAAAGAAAAACAACCCGGGAUAACUGGCUCUGCCCGCCCACUGAAUCUUCCCUCCCUCACCCGUCCAACGCCAAGAAGCAGAGAAACACUGCUUUGAACCAGCUGAACUCUCUCUCUCUGUCUCUCUCUCUCUCUUUCUCUCUGUCUCUCUCUCUCUUCUACUGACUUAAAAAAUAUAUAUACAUGUA